AUAAGAUGUAGUUAAUACAGGGUAUUGAGGGGGUUGGGAGGCGGGAACCACGCCGGGCCUGGCCAAGAUGGCGGCAACCUAAAGGCGGUAAAACCCUUCCUCAGCAUCCAUCACAAGGCACCCAUGGCCUAGGAGCUUUUCUGUAAUCUACACUAACAUGAACUUAGGCCAUCCUUGUUCACACUGCAGAGAGGGACGUGUGCGUCCUUUUCAAUUUUCACUGGAUCAGGCAAUAUUAAGGUGUGACAACACAGAAUGUGACAGUUUGCUUGUGUCACCACCCUGGGAAAGCAUCAUUAAUCGUAAUAUCAGGCAGCAAAUUCCUCGUCGGUCAGCCGAUUUUGGACAUCAUCGGUUUUGGGGUGGUAGCAGCAGCAGUAGUGGUGUGCAGUCAGAUAUAAGAAGCCCAUUAAUGAGUCCUGCCCAGUCCUUGGGUUCUGUAACAGAUAAAGAAGUGGAAUUACUUUUGAGAAAAUCCUACGCGCCUCCAAAAUUCACUAAAAAUAAAAAAUCAUAUUCAAAAAGGUGUCCUACAUCUUUAAAUUGCAAUGACCUUCCUGCUAGUUUUCAGCCUCCAAUUUUGAAAGAUAAUUCCAAGUGUGAAAGUUUCUUUGAAUUGCUUGGUAGCCUAGAUUUGGACUCGACACCACAUGCAAAUCCUCUCGCAAAUGACUCUCCACCAGUGGCCUCGUAUAAUAAUUCUGGACUAGAUAUUGUAACUGCUGAACUUGAAUCUUGGAUGAAAGGUUUUGAGUCUCCAACAUUUAAUAAUGUGACAAGUGAAAGUGUAGAAGUGAACCCUUCCACGGCUGGCUCUAAUUUGUAUAAUCAUUUUAGAAAAAAUAUAUCCAAAUCAAGGAUUUCAGAAAAGCAGCAGCUUAUUAUUCCAAGCCAAGGUUCUGCUUUUUCUCAGAUAUCUACAUUGAAAGAAAAAAAUGGACUUAAUUCCAAUACUUGCCAGGAAUUUGCCAUUGAUUUCUCAACUAGCCCAUCAUUAAUGCUACAGGAAAAUACAAAUAUUAAAACCUUAGCACAUAAUGAUCUAGAAAAUGACACUAACCCGACCUCGCUCAUUUGUCUAAAAAAUGAUCCAGUGAAAUAUGAUCUUUCUGCAUUGUGUGACUCUCAGUUUUUAUCGCCUGCUACCUCAGCUGUCAGUGAUGAUAGUGGUUAUAAUGAAGAAGAUGCUAGCAAAGUUCCAGUUGUUGCUCUGCCACAGUUGCAUGAGGAGAGCUCUGAUGUUUCCUCUUGUUCUAGAAUUCACAUGGAGUCUAUGGAAGCUGUAGAUACAAAUGAAAUUUCAAAAUGCAAGUUUAUGACAGCUUCAUCACAUGCUAAUCUGAAGAGCCUAAUAUCAAUGGAUUUAAAAAUAUCUACUCCUCAUGAUCCACCUCAUUUUAAUAUUCACCCAGCAAUAGUAACAAUAGAAAAAUGUUGUAAUUUAAAUAAGCAAACUGAUGUUGAAUCUGAAUUGUUAGAGUCUCAUGAAGAUGCUGGAUUAUCACCAGCUAAUCAUUCCAUCAACUUUGGUGAAGUGCCUCUUGGUGGAGAAGAUGAUGAUAUACAAGCUGAUAAUGGUUCUGACCUUGAUAUUUUUUUUGAAAAUACUCCAAAUUUUUCAAGAUCAUUUAAUAUAGAACAAGAAUCUAAUAACAUUGAUUUAGUUUCAAGGGAUGACAGUACAUCAAACACUGAAAUUAGUGGUGGCUUAACUACCGAGCCUUCUCAAGCAGCAGUGACACAAGAACAUUGUGAUACCUCUAGUCAAUUUGGGUCUACAUUAUUAUCUGAUGGAGCUGAAGAUAUUGAGAGUAAAGUUUCACAUUCUGAUCAUUCUUCAGAUUUAUUGUCACUUUGUUCUGUUGUAAAUACAAAUCAGUACAAUGAAUCUAGUAGAGGCAAACGCCAUGGAAGAGGAAGACGCAGAAAAAGAGGGAAAAGUCAACAAGUAUCUGAUACAUAUCAAAGCGGUGGUGCAAAUGUUUGCUCAUCGAAUUCUAAUCUUGAAGUUAGUAAUGAUGCAGUGACCAAGCUAAAGGGCAAGAAGGGUCGGGGUUGUGGAAGGGGUUCAAACAGAGGUAGGGGACGGAAAAAUGUAAACAAUAUCCCAGGGUUGUCAGAAUUGCAACCAAACAAGAGACCAAGAGUUCCUCCUGAAAUGCUUCCUCGCCAGACAAGACAGCGUACUGGAUACAUAGAAGUUCAAGCCACAACCCCAAGGGAAAGAUUUUGUAAUGAGUUUACUUCUGAAGACAACUGUGAUGGGAAUAUGAGAAGAGGCCUUUCAACUCUCCUUCAAGGUCCAAGUUGGCAGGUACCUGAAAGAAGAAAUAAUGAUCAUAGUAGGAACUUAACCAACCUGAGUUUUCGAAGCCUUCUGAAUGGUUCACUUGUUAAGGAUCCUUGGUCAGUUAUGGAGCUGUAUCUAGAAGAAUUAGACAUUGAAGUUGUGGUACAGGGAGUUCGUUCUGCUAGCAUCCGAAAUGAAGAAACAUCAACACCAGAAUUUAGUGGAAUAGCCGAUGGAGGCAGAAUUGAUACUUCAGGUUGUGUACAUAGUGUGGAAUUGAAAGAAACAGAUGGAAUGGCAAAAGGGGAAGAAACAAAUGGAAUGGCAAAAGGGGAAGAAACAGAGAAUAGCCAUAAUGUGCAGAUUAGUGAAAUGCUAAAUAAAAGUUUAUUUCAAGUAUGUUGUAAUGAUGGAUGUGGUGUGUUACCGGAAAAAGAAACAAAUGUUACCAGAAAUUGUGAUGAAAUGUCUUCCUCGGAAAUAUGCAAAGAAAACAAAUCUGUAACACUCAAUGUGUGCGUGACAAAUACAUCAACACCAGACACUGGAAUUGUCGAUAUAUCAAAGAAGUCUGAUCAUACAGUAAAUAAUAAUAAAGAUGAAGUGCAACCAGGUAAAGUAUUGAUAGGUAAACAGUCUUGCAUCACUUCACACAUACCUCUUAAUUAUCGAGAUUCUGAUGUGAACUGCUUAAAAGAAAUUGAUCAACAGUCAUUUGGAUGUAUAAAGCAUUUUCACAAAGAAUCUUUGGCCAAAAUAAAUCUUGACUGGAAACAAUUAAGGAAGGAUCCUCAGAACAAUAAAAUUAUUCAGUGUCACCAAGAGUGUCAGUUUGAAGAUUUAAAAAAUAAUAAAGAUUCAUCAAAUAUUCAAAUUCUUUUUAAGUCACAAAAGGAACAGAAUUCCAAUGUUCCUGAGAAAGAUGCACAUUUUUCAGAAGAAAUAACUGCACCUAAUGCUUCUUUUAAAGAAGAAAUAAAUAUUAACAUAAAAUCAAAAAUUGAAAAUAAUCAGGAUGUUUUGAAGGGAGAGAACUUGCCUGUUCAGGUUGAAUAUGAACAGGUGUUUGCUCAGGCCCAAGAGUUGAGUGGUGAUGAACAAGUUAUUGAAAAAAAUAAACAACCAUUACACAAUAAUGAACAGGAUAUUAACAAAAUUAAACAACCACUACAUAAUGCCGUUGAGAACUCGUGCAGUUUGGGUGUAAGUGAUAACAUUUUAGGAGAAAACAAAGAGCAGUAUUUAUUUUCCGAACAAUUUAAGCACAACACGCAGGAAGAGAUGCUACAGCCAGCUGUUGCUGUCAUCAAGGAACAGAAAACAAUACAUAAUAAAUCAGGUUUUGUUAACUUUGGAUAUUUACAGAAUGAGAUCAGAAUAAACAAACAGCCCAGUCAGAAUAAAAACGUUUUGAACUUGUGUGAAUCUUCAUUGGAUGUUAAUAAGUAUGAAAAUGUAAAAAUAUCACAAACUCCAGAUUCUUUACAGCAUUUAUUUUCAAAAAAUAAUGAUAAAUGUAGUAAGAGUAAAGAUAUAGAUACUAGUCUAAAAAAGUACAGUGUGGUUAAAAAUUCUGUACAGAAAUUUACUGAAUCGGUUGAAAAAGAAGAAAAUUGUGAAUUACAGUGUACAAAAGAGAGCACGGAAGAAAUGGGUUUCAGUAAUCAAAAUUUUAUUUUAGAUGCAUUGCCUCAGAAAUCAAAUAAUUUCUUCAACAAAAGUUUAAGUACAUCUGGUUCCAGCUUGAACUGUUUACUGCUGUCUCCAGAUUUUGAAAAUGUUCGAAGCUGGAUGGGAUAUCAAGAAAGCUCUUCACCGAAAGAACAAGCUGAAAUCACGUCCUCCAUAAAGUAUGAAAAGGAAAAGCUCAUAGAAUCAUCCAAAGAACAAAUUUGUACUGAAGCAACUAUAAGCAAUUCUUCAAGUAAAUACUUUGGGUCAUUAUUACAAGAUGUUGAUUUUGAUGAUAAGUUCUUCCAGUGUCCUGUUCAAGAACACCCGAGUCAAACAUUUGAUGAACACACAAAUAGCACACUCUUCUUUGGAGAGACUGCAAAUAGUUCCCCUCCUCAAGCAAAUAAUAUGGAAUCAAUAAAGUAUAGUAAUGUUAAUCUGAAUCAAGAUUUAAAUGCAAAAUGUAUGUAUUAUCUACAACAAAGGGAAAAGGGUCAGGAAAAUAUUAAUUCAUUAAAACUGACAACUAAGGAAUCUGUAUUGACAACCCCUUCCCAGAUUUGUGCCAUUCCAAUUUCAACUAAUAUAGAAACAGCUUUCCAGCCCAUGAAGGUUCCAGUUCUUCCUUCCAUAGUAGACAUGAGGAAGCAUGUAGUAGAUCCUAAAUCUCCUACAAUUGUUAACAAUGAAACCACAGUUCUACCUUCCAGUCUGACCUUUGCAUUGUCUACAAUAUCCUCAACACCUUUUACUACUGCACCUGUUUCAUUAUGCAAUUGUAUGUAUACAAAUUCUGUGUUACCCAUGAUAAUGUCCACUACAGUACCAUCACAUGCAGUUAAUUCAUCACCUGUUUGUUCUGGUGCUUCACUAUCUGAAGUAAGUGCACUGAGCAGAAAAUCUCAAAGGAAUGAGAGGUACAGCUCAUUAAAUAGGGAAUUUCAUGAGGAUUCAGUGGGUAAAGAACCCCUUCUGUCUACUAUUCAUACAUGUACUGUAAAAGAUGUUAGUAAUAAGUUUAGUACAACAAAUAUUACCAAAGAUGUUACUGAAACAAGUUUCUUACCUAAUAUGACGUCAUUAAAAAGUAAUAUUAUAAACUCAUAUGAAAAAGGCUGCAGUUUUGAUGAUGGAAAGUUGAACACCAACUUCAUAGCCACCACAGUAAAUUUGCAUGAUGUAAAGUGUGAAGGUAACAUUGGAAACAUAUCUGAAAAUAUAGAACCUAUAUUCGAAGUAUCCAGCACAUCCCAAGUAACCAAAAAUGCUGAGAAAGGCUUACAACCUUCAAAAAUUCUUGCUUGUAGUAGUGCUAUUGAGAAACUUGACCCGAAGCUAGCUUGUGAUGAAGAUAAUGACGGCUUUCCUAUAAUUUCAAUUGAUUCAGAAGAUGAAAUUCAGAUUAUAAUCCCAGAAAAAAAAUGCAAGUUUAAGAAGACAGUAGAAAACAAUUUUUUUCACUCAGGCAGUUGUAAAUGUGAGGUAGGGUCAAAAUGUGUUUGUUAUUUUACUCGUCAAAAACAAGGUGAAAAGAGCAAGAGUUAUGUAAUAAAGUCCUGUCCUAAAUUUAAGUGCAAAGGAGAGAUGGAGGCAUGCACAAUUGAAAAAGAGAGAACUCAGGAUGAUAAUUUGAAAGAUUUUACAGGUAUUAAAAAAUUUGCAUUUGGAUUAGAUCAUGGAGGAAUAAAAAGAAUGAUUGAAAAGAGUGAGGAUAGUAGGCCUACUAAAAAAAAUAAAUCUGUAUCAAGCAUCUUGCAUGAGAAAGACAAGAUCAAUAAAUUUAAUGAAAAAGAUUCUAAUUCUUCAGAGGUGACUAAUGCUGAACAAAUGGUGCUCAUGUGUGGAAUUCUUGAUAAUUCAAUUGUCCAUGACAAAGAGUGCUAUUCUCCAAGAGUCAAAGAAUUUGUUGAUUUUGAUGAGAGUGCAAGGAAAAGUAGUUCUCUAGGUAACUUUAGGUUCUAUUUUGCCUCAAAAAAAUCUAAAAAUGAGCAGUGUCAAGAAAGGAGUGUAGUAGUUAAACAAUUUGAAUCAGUUAUGAGAAACAAUGAAGAGGAUAGUCACACACUGAAAGAAGAUAGCAAAGCACAAAAGGAAAAAAACCAAAUCUCACAAAAAGGAAAAAAUUUUGAAAGAAAAUUUGGAUGUGCAAAAUCAAGCCCCCAACAUGAUACUAGUUCAGCUUCAAAGUGGGAUGAGUGUGAUCCUGGGCUAUUGGAAUUAGACUGUGGCUAUAGUGAUUUUUUGUCUCCAGUGAUUCCAUCAUCAGGAAGUUAUAUGUCAUCCCUUGAGUCAUCACAGCAUAACCGUAGACUAGGUAAUGGGCAAAGUUGUCAUAAUAUUAAACCAUUUGAGGACAUUGGAAGUGGUGAGAAAGUAUGUGAUAUGCAAAGCAUGCUCACAGAUACAACACAUUAUGAUUUAUUGGGUAGUAGGUGUGAAGAAAAGUUGCAAACUAUGUCAGAAACAAAUGUUCAUGAUGGCUUACAAGAGGAAAGUGUAUGUGAAGAAUCUAAAAAAUUAUCCAAUGUUCAGAAUCCCAGAUUCUUAUCUAAUAUGAUGGUUCAGAUUAACAAUUCUGAAGGACAGUUACUAAAGUGUGUACCUGUUACUAAUUCUACAUGCAUGAUGAAUAAAAAUCAUUUAGAUGGUACUGAUACAAAUCCUCCUUUAAAAGUAAAGCAUUCUAAAGACUGUUUUAAACCAGAAAUGGCAGCUAGAACUAUGAUUUUAUCUAGUAAGUGUAUUCCAUCCCAAACACACACUGUUCCUGCACUUCCUUUAAGAAGUAAUUUGACUUGUAAUUCAACAGAACCUAUAAAUGCCAAUUCAGCAUUAUCAUCUGCAAUGUCUCAUUUCUCACAAAGUAAGAAAAGAAAUUAUAAUUUAACAAAUAAAUCUGUGCUCAAUAUGUACAAUACGACAGCAUAUCAGAAAAACGGAGAGUCUAAUUCGUCUGUUGUAGAACUGCUUGAACCUGGCGAUGCUUAUUUAUCAAAAAAAUUGUCUCCCCCGAUGAAAACUUGCACAAAUAAUUUAAAUAGCUGUAAACACUGCUGUAAUCAUUUUUCUCAACUUCAAAGCCAAGAAUCUGUGAUAGAUUACCAAGCACCUAUUUCAGCUAAAAAUCUCACUGUUGUUCCUCCAGCUUUAGUUACUAGCUAUGGAAAUAAUAUACCAAGUGGCAGGGUGUUUAUGCAAACUAACUCUACUUGCAAUUUAAGAGAAAAUGUAAAAUCCACUAGCACCGACAACCUGGAGAGGAUUGUUGCUGUAACAAGUCAAACAAUUCAUGGCCCAGUAACCCAAGUCUUGAGGGUUGCAGCACCAGCAAAACAAAGCCAAUAUAAAAUAGAUAAUUGCCAAAUAAAUUGUACAAGUAAAAGAGAAAAUAAUCACAUUGACUCCUUGGACAAAGAAAGCAAAAAGACUUGUAUUGAAAAUACAAUGCUGAAGAAAGUAAAAAUGGGAUCAAAAGGUGGAUUUUACUUUAGACCCACCUCAACUUUAAUGAAUGCUAUAAUACAAAUGAGAAAGAAAAAAGAACUUGAAGCUCAAAACAAAGGCAAAAAUUUAAAAAAUUCCAUGUAUGUGGAACUACCUGAUGGUGAACCAAUUUCCCAUCCUAUUUUCAUUCCCAAAAAAAUAUGUCAACCAGAAAUUGUUAAAUCCAAGAAAAGAAAAUUUAAAAAGGAGAGAAAAACCAAUAACUUUGUAAGACAAAAAGUAUUGGAAAUAGUGGAGCAAAGGGAAAAUAAAGAUGUUCCAGAAAUGGUGGUGGUAUGUGUAGGUGGAAAACUUUAUAUCUACCAAAGAGAUGCGGCAUAGACUUUACAAAUCAGAUUUUGGAUUUACAAAAUUAUAUAGGUCGACUGUUGAAUAGCAAAAAUAUUGUUAUUAUAUUCUAUGUAACUGUAGUGUUGCUGUUGAAGUUUUCUUACCGUGAAAUUCAUAGUAAUUGCAGUCAAUAAAAUGUAUUACGUACCAGGAUUUCAGGUUUUGUGUAAGAUAGUUUCGAAUGUGUAUGAAUGUUGAAAAAUGGAACUUCAGCUGAUAUAUUCCAUCUUUUUAAACCCCUUUUAAAAAUAAAUAAAUAUAUAUAUAUAUAUA